AUGCUGUCCGACUUCUUGGCUAGCAGUUAUCUGCAAUACAAAGCAGAUACGGAUGCUGUGGCAUCAUGGCUGGUGGCCACAGCUCGAAACUAUGGUUUCCCCGUUGAAACGUUGGGAGGAAACCCUUCCCCCUCCAGCAGUGCGCCUGCUCCCUCUAAGAUUCAGCCGUUGAAACGAUUAAAGGGCAAGGCAAGAAAGUUGGCCCGUGAGGGUGCGAGCAAACCGGCCCCUACUCCUUUAAAAAAGCCUGAUCAGCAGAAGCAUACUCUCGCUGUGAAAGAUUUUGUCAACCUGGCAGACUACAUUGCCGCUGCCACUAAGUCUCAAGCCAAUGUUCCAGCAAGCUUUGUCGCCGUGCUGGAUCGAGCCAUUUUGAUGCGACGGGAGCAUGGUUUGCAGGCCACAGCAAGGUUCCCUGCCGACAUCCAAUCUCAAGCAUCGUCUGACUCACACGGCCAUUUUAUUGGAAUCCUGGAGCAUGUUCAGCAGGCGUUGUGUCCUCGAAUGCCGAGCGAGGACAUCAAAGAUCGAUUGACCCAGCUUUCAGGUGACGCUUCAUUGGAGAACAUUCAAAAUAUCAGUAACAAAUUCGAUGGCCUUGAUGUGCAGGAGCCUUCGGAAGCAUUUGUACAGGCGCCUGAAAUUGCAAUGCCAACCCCCACGAACGGCAAGCCAGAGGUCGACUAUGAAUCUGAGAGGAUGCAGGAUUUCGAAGAGGCAUACUUUGGUUUCAAUCUUUUGCUUCGUGAUUUUGCUAAGCUACGAAAUGUCAUUACCCGCACUUGGGGCGGCUAUCAAUACGGUCUCUUUGAUCUCAUUUCUGCUUCAGUAAUGACAAAUUCUGCCAUCGACAUAGCCCGACGAAUGCAAGAAGACGUUCAGCAGCUGUUUGACGAAUAUGGAGGAUCUGCCAAAAUGCUCAGUGCAUUCUACGCGGCUCAUUGUGCGCAGGAGGGAGAGGAUCCAGAAUUCAAAGAGCAUUUUGGAGACGACAUGAAUUUCCGGACCUACGACAUUGCCCAGUCUAUGUUUCUGCCCACAUUCUCAUUUUUGAACUCGUUCAGUAUUCUCGUCGAGGGCGAUAACUUUCUACCAUUUAAGCAAGGGUACUUUGGCACCUUCGACCGAGCUAGGGACCGGUCGGAGAAGAGCGCGAGAGAAAAGUUUUCGGAAGACAAGAUCAUCAUGUUGGAAAUCCUCUCCGAUUUUCUUACCAUGCAUCGGAUCACGCCUCCACGGCCCUUUGAAGAUGAAUUUACUCGGGGAUUAAGGAAAAUGUUCGACACGCAUGAAAUUCCGCUUUGGCUUGUAUUCGCCGCCCAGGUUUUUCUCGACAUCCACCAUGUCCUCCGUGACGGUGUGCAACGGGGCUUUGAAGAUUUUGGGCGAUUUGCCAAGUUAACUGAAUCAUCCAUCCGUCAGAAUCUUGAUUUCCAUUCCAAUCUUCGAAUCGAAAAAUGGCCAAAGCGAAAUGACAAAGCAUUUGAGGAGCUCCUUCAGUUUAUUGAUAUGUCCGUGACCUCAGAUCCCACCCUGCUAGUGCAGGAAGCCCUUGGAUCAAGCCUAGGAGAACCUUUCAAACUGAUGAAAUGGCAUCCAAUGCUGUGCGGUCUCGCCAUGUUCUACUUGAAGGCUCGAUACCAAGAGCUUUCUCUUUCUUUUCAAGCUGCGUGGGGUUCGGUUAUGUACUCGGCUCAUCUGUACAAUGCCCUCCGCAAAGAAAAGCUACUGAAGGAUCAAUGGAUUGAUAUGAACCUGGUCAUGACCUGGCAUGAUGAGAUCUUUGUUGGUGAACCACCCAGCCGACCAGAAGACUACUUGAAACGAUUCAACCUGAGCAUGGGGUGGUCGGCUGCAUCAUAUGCGCGAAACAGACGUCAGACUGUCCGGCUACCAGAGGCGAAGAGCGGACCAAAAACAAUUAAACCAAUUGCCAACGUUUCGCAGAUGUUCGUGGAUCGUUAUUGCAAGGACUCUGGCUCUGGACAGACUGAAUUCACCGAAACUGAUCUUGGAAGAAUCCUUGCCCAAGGGAUGUGGGAUAAUGACGAAGAAGGGGAAGAAGGGUUUAUCUCCAUGUCACGUAGUCGCAAAGACACGGCUAAAAAGCGAUGGAAACAUUCCCGUCAGGUGACAGCUGCUGAACUACUGGAGACUUUGCGCAACGCGAUUCAGAGUGAAGUCGUGGAGAUGAGCUUUGAUUACUUGAUGUUACAUCGAGUAUGCUGGAGGAUGCUUCGGUCUGCCAAAGAAGCGUGUGACGUCCACCUGCGAAAAAUCUUUGGUUCUAGGUACCUGGAGAAAGAGAGCCAGCUGCCAUUUCUGGUAGGAUAUAUCUUCAUGGCUGUCAUGAAUACUGACUACCUGGGGAAGCAGAUAGCAGAGGGCGAAGUAGUUAAGAGCAAUUUACUGAUGUGCGCCGCGGAGGUGGUUGAGGGUAUGAUAGAUACAAAGUCUGGAUCCAUUGUGCACAAGAGGCUGGCCGCACAAGGCUUUCAGAUUGAAUUUGAAGAAGAGGAUUGA